GGUGGGAGGUCCGGAUUGGCGAAGUAGAGAGAGAAUUAAACUGCGGUAGGAGAAGGGACGACCCAUAAUAAAACCGGAACAAUCCAUCCGGGAAACGGAGGAGAGCGAGACCAGAGAAAAGAGAGAGAAAAAGAUAUCACCUUUCCCCCACUUGGCCUCUUGUCUCCACCCCAUCCCUUCGCCUUCUCCCUUGUUCCCUUCGUUCCAUGGCCGGCUCCCCUCUCCCUCUCCUCCUCGUUCUAUCCAUCGCCUCCUUCUCCUUUUCCCGAUCCUUCGCCGCCGCCGCGGCGACGCCUAUCUGCCCUCGAUCGGACAUCGCCUUCCUCGAUGUCGUCAAAUCGCAAUGCCCUCUCUGGAUCGAGCCGUUGCCGCCUCUGGAGGUGAGUGGCAAGACACUUGAGCAAGAGUUGAGUCGCAGCCAGAAAAGUGCAUAUUACUCUAUUUUCUUUUUUGCCUCAUGGUGUCCAUUCUCCAGCAAUACUCGACCCAUUUUUAAUGCCCUCAGCUCUAUGUUUCCUCAGAUAAAGCACUUAGCAGUUGAAGAAUCUUCUUCCAUGCCAAGUGUUUUCUCAAGAUAUGGGAUUCACAGUUUUCCAGCUAUACUAUUAGCCAAUGGAACAAUGAUGGUUCGAUACCGUGGCUUAAAAGACAUCAACUCCCUCGUGAAUUUCUACAAGAAAACUACAGGUUUUGAUCCAGUUUCAUAUUUUGCGGUCGAUCGGCCCAGCAAUUCAAGAAAUGUGGGAUCCCUUCGGCCAUGGAAUGGAUCUCUGAAGGAACUGAUAGCCCAUGAACCUUACAUAGCGAUUAGUUUACUUUUUGUCUGUCUAAAGGCAAUGGUGCGUUUCUUCCCUGUGAUCUUUGCUCACCUCAGAGCCUUCUGGGUUUCACUUGCCUGGCAGCUGAACUUGGGGAUCUUGGGCGAAUGGAGCCAGCUUUUGGAGCAAGCACAACAUGUAUUCGAUAUCAAGAAGCUGUGGAGCAAGCUUAGGCUCUGCAAUAAGACGAGGAACUUUCGGAAGGGGGCGAACAAUGCUCGGGCCUGGGCUUCCUCCCUUGCUUCUGUCUCACUGGGCGAGUCAUCUGCCUCCAGAGCGGCCCCUCUAGGCUCAUGAUUUUAUCCUUCCUUAAUCCAUUUCUGACCAUGGUAAGGAAACCAGUGGGUGGACAGGGUCUUCAUGUUCUCAGGGAGCAAGUCCAUCUAUCUAUUUCCUCAUCGUCAUGUAUCUAUGUACUUUUUCUGUUAUGGGAUUUGGGACAUGGGAAGCAUCUAGCAUGUAAAUUUUUGAGAACCUGAUCUUUUUUGUAUAUUAGUUUUAUGGUAGUCUGCAUUGCUACUGCAAUGCCCAAUCCACAAUGGGUUUUCAUUAUAAAUUACCUUUCAGUCAAGGAAUCUUAUUGAUACAUGGUUUGAUUCUUGA